GGUGACGUCAUCCGGAAGCGCCCAUAACACUUCCACCGCACAGCCCUCGCUUCGACCACGGGAGGGUUGUGUGCUGGUCCAUCCGUAACAUGAGCUUUAACACUAAAUUUGUGUUGUCUGUGGUCCAUCUAUAAUAUGAGCACUGACACUAAGGUAGGCUCGUAAGUGGUCCAUCUAUAACAUGGAGACUAACAUAAUGGACAUGUUCGAGGAGGGAAAGGUCCUCAAGAUCUGCGCACCCAUGGUUCGAUACUCAAAGCUGCCAUUCAGGUGUUUGGUGAGGAGAUAUGACUGCGAUAUCUGCUUCACUCCCAUGAUAGUGGCUGCAGACUUCAUGCGUUCCAACAAGGCCAGAGAUAGUGAAUUCACCACCAAUGACUCUGACCGACCAUUGAUAGUGCAGUUUGCCUCCAGUGAUGCCCAGACCCUGGCUGAUGCAGCCUGUGUUGUCGCUCCUUUCUCGGAUGGAGUUGACCUGAACUGUGGCUGUCCCCAGAGGUGGGCCAUGGCUGAGGGGUACGGUGCUUGCCUCAUCAAUAAGCCCGAUCUGGUCCGAGACAUGGUUCGCCUAGUCCGAAACCAAGUAGCAAAACCCAACUAUUCAACCUCUAUAAAAAUAAGGAUCCACAAGGACCUUAGGCGGACCGUAGACCUGUGCCAGCAGGCCGAGGCCGCCGGCGCGUCCUGGAUCACGGUCCACGGGCGCACCGCGGACGAGCGCCACCAGCCGGUCAAUUACAACGCCAUACAGACCAUAAAGGACAGCGUCUCGGUGCCUGUUAUUGCCAACGGAGAUGUAAGGAACCUCCGGGACGUGGAGGCCAUGCACCGGCUCACUGGUGUGGAUGGUGUCAUGGCCGCCCGGGGUCUACUCGCUAACCCAGCUAUGUUUGCCGGCUACGAGUGCACUCCCCUGCAGUGUGUCUGGGACUGGGUAGACAUUGCAACAGAGCAAGGCACCCCUUUCACCUGCUUCCACCACCAUCUAAUGUACAUGCUGGAGAGGGUCAGUUCUCAGCCAGAGAGAAAAGUGUUCAACUCUCUCUACGGUACUGCAGCGGUAAUCGACUACCUGCAUGAAACAUACGGGCCAGUCCAAGAUUGCGGGAUGUCAACUUAAGUGUCUAUUUUGUUUUUAAAUACAUUUUAUGAAAAGUAUAUAUACAUAUGUUGGUUAAUAAAAUCUUACUUUUUG